UGGCCCUUGCAUAAACUUGCUGGAGGUCUUUGAGUGGCAUUGCCCUUUUGUCCCCAUCAUCCCGCAGACGAGCCGACCCGGGGGAGGAUGAGGUCGUCCUGUGUCGUGCUCACUGCCCUUGUGGCGCUGGCCGCCUAUUAUGUUUACAUCCCCCUGCCCAGCUCCGUGUCCGAUCCCUGGAAGCUGAUGCUGCUGGACGCGACUUUUCGGGGAGCACAGCAAGCGAGUAACCUGAUGCACUACCUGGGCCUGAGCCACCAUCUGGUCGCGCUGAAUUUUAUCAUCACGAAUUUCGACAAGAAAAGCGCCUGGUCAUCUGGCCAGGUGAAGGUGACCGACACCGACUUCGACGGCGUGGAAGUCAGAGUGUUUGAAGGCCCUCCAAAGCCAGAAGAGCCGCUGAAACGCAGCGUUGUUUAUAUCCACGGGGGAGGCUGGGCUCUGGGGAGUGCAAAAAUCAGCUAUUAUGAUGAACUGUGUACAGCAAUGGCUGAGGAGUUGAAUGCUGUCAUUGUCUCCGUUGAAUACAGGCUAGUUCCAAAGGUGUAUUUCCCCGAGCAAAUCCACGAUGUUGUACGUGCCACCAAGUAUUUCCUGCAGCCGGAAGUCUUACAGAAGUAUUCGGUCGACCCAGGCAGAAUCGGCAUUUCUGGUGACAGUGCUGGUGGGAAUUUGGCCGCCGCGCUGGGCCAACAGUUUAAUCAAGAUGCCAACCUGAAAAACAAGCUCAAAGUGCAAGCUUUAAUUUAUCCAGUCCUUCAAGCUUUAGAUUUUAACACACCCUCGUAUCAGCAAAACGUGAACACCGCAAUCCUGCCCCGUUAUGUCAUGGUCAAGUACUGGGUGGACUAUUUCAAAGGCAACCAUGACUUCAUCCAGGCGAUGAUAGUGAACAACCACACUUCACUUGAUGUGGAAGAGGCUGCCGCCCUCAGGGCCCGUCUAAACUGGACGUCCCUCUUGCCUGCAUCCAUCACCAAGCACUACAAGCCUGUUGUGCAGACCAUGGGCAACGCCAGGAUUGUCCAGGAGCUCCCUCAGCUGCUGGACGCCCGUUCUGCCCCGCUCAUCGCCGACCAGGAAGUCCUGCGGCACCUCCCGAAGACCUACAUUCUGACGUGUGAGCACGAUGUCCUACGAGACGAUGGGAUCAUGUAUGCAAAGCGUUUGGAGAGUGCAGGUGUGGAGGUGACCCUCGAUCACUUUGAGGAUGGCUUCCACGGGUGCAUGAUUUUCACCAGGUGGCCCACCAAUUUCUCAGUGGGCAUCCGGACUAGGAAUAGUUACAUCAAGUGGCUGGAUCAAAACCUGUGAAGGAGUCGAAGUUCUGGAAUGCUUGUGCCCCUCGUGAACCUCCCGCGCCUGCUUUGGAGAGACAUGCACUUUGUAGUCGACUAAUUUUCCCCUGUUACUCGUGAGUUAUGCAAUCUCGAUCCCCUGCUUUAUGUUCAUUUAAUUUUUUAAAAUGCACUUGACUAACGUAAGUCCAGAAAGAUCUAAAUCUGGUUCUCCAAGUGGGCCAGUCUCUCUGUUCAUGCUUUAACCAAACUGCUAUGAAUACCCAUCACUGCAGAGAGCAGGACUAGGAGCUGGAGAUAGUUGUGUGUCCUGCCUUCAUCCGGAAGUUCUUUUUAGAUAACACAGUAACCUUGAAUGAGUUAAGAAAGCGUGGGCUCUUCUUCAACGUGCUAGAGUUUACUUUGGGUUGAGAACACUGUUAAAUGUGUGCACUUGAAGGUCAGUGCUGGGUACCAAGUGCUGUCUGUCCUUUGUGGGUGGGUGGUUUUGUUUCCCAUGGGGAUUUUGGCAUAGGUGUUCCAGCAAGGACAAGUUUCUCCAGUGAUGUUCUUGCAGUGGUUCUCAACCUUCCUAAUGCCGCGACCCUUUAAUACAGUUCCUCAUGUUGUGGUGACCCCCCCAACCAUAAAAUUAUUUUCAUUGCU